AUGUUUUUUAUAUUGGCUGGCCAUCAACAUUAUUCUAUUGAUAUUCUUAUUGCUUGGGUGCUUAGUUCUCGUCUAUUUAUUUAUUAUCAUACUCUUGCUAACAAUCGAACAUUUUUACAACGAGAUACAGAACGAAUGCGUAUCUGGUUUCCAUUGUUUUCCUAUUUUGAAGAGAAUGUCAAAACAGCAAUACCUAACGAAUAUUGUCUACCUGGUUUCAUCUAUGAAGCACGUGCAAUGAUAAAUAAUUGGAUGGAAUCAAUAAAAUACUCAGCUUAUUGGGUCAUUCUAUUUUUAUUUAUCAUUAUCACUUACAGUUUUUCGUUCACAAAAAAGACGGGUUUUUCUUCCUUAAUUGAACGAUAA